AACGUGAUUGCUACAAUGGAAGGAAUUAAUAAUUUCAAGACACCAAACAAAUUAUCUGAAAAAAGGAAAUCUGUAUUAUGUUCUACUCCAUGUGUAAAUAUCCCUGCCUCUCCAUUUAUGCAGAAGCUUGGCUUUGGGACUGGGGUCAGCGUUUACCUAAUGAAAAGAUCUCCGAGAGGGUUGUCUCAUUCUCCCUGGGCCGUGAAAAAGAUAAGUCCUUUAUGCGAUGAUCACUAUCGAACUGUGUAUCAGAAGAGACUGACUGAUGAAGCUAAGAUUUUAAAAAACCUUAAUCACCCAAACAUUAUAGGGUAUCGUGCUUUUACUGAAGCCAGCGAUGGUAGUCUGUGCCUUGCUAUGGAGUAUGGAGGCGAAAAGUCCCUGAAUGACUUGAUAGAAGAGCGGAACAAAGACAGUGGACGUCCUUUUCCUGCAGCCGUAAUUCUCAGGGUUGCUUUGCACAUGGCCAGAGGGCUAAAGUAUCUGCAUCAAGAAAAGAAGCUGCUUCAUGGAGACAUAAAAUCUUCAAAUGUUGUAAUUAAGGGUGAUUUUGAAACAAUUAAAAUCUGUGAUGUAGGAGUCUCUCUGCCAUUGGAUGAAAAUAUGACUGUGACUGAUCCUGAGGCCUGUUAUAUUGGUACUGAGCCAUGGAAACCCAAAGAAGCGUUGGAAGAAAAUGGCAUCAUUACUGACAAGGCAGAUAUGUUUGCUUUUGGCCUUACUCUGUGGGAAAUGAUGACUUUAUGUAUUCCACAUGUCAAUCUUCCAGAUGAUGUUGAUGAAGAUGCAACCUUUGAUGAGAGUGACUUCGAUGAUGAAGCAUAUUAUGCAGCUCUGGGGACAAGGCCAUCCAUCAACAUGGAAGAACUGGAUGAAUCCUACCAGAAGGUCAUUGAACUCUUCUGUGUGUGUACUAAUGAGGAUCCUAAAGAUCGCCCGUCUGCUGCACACAUUGUUGAAGCUUUGGAACUAGAUGGCCAAUGUUGUGGUGGUCUAAGCUCAAAGCAUUAA